CAAAAAAGCGGUGGUACGAUUUGCAUACACAAGAAAAAGUAGUUAUCAUUACUCUGUAGUUUUAUAGUUUAUGCGAAAUGAGAGAACAUUUAGUAUUUGGCAAACGGUGGUGGUGAAACGAAUUGGCUAACGUUUCCAAUUUUUAUCAUGUAAGAGCACCAUCUGGUAAUCUGUAAUCGGUAUUACUUAGUGAAAUUUUUAAAAAUAUAAUUAAAUCCGUGGCAGUAUGUUUGUGUGGAAGAUUUGAUAGAUUGGUUUUUAUCAAAGAAGACUCGUCACUGAGAUAAUUUUAAAACUAUGGAGAAAAUACUGCAGUAACUGUUAACUAGACGGGGCAACGUUUUUUCCUAAUAAAAAGACCAGUAUAUACAUUCAUCAUGAAUUCUGUAAUCAUAUUUUCUUUAAUGCUUGUCAUAUUGCUUAAUGUAAAACAUGGGUUGUUCAUAUCACAACAUCCAAAACUACUUGUAGUAUCAUAUGAUGCAUUCAGAUUUGACUACUUUAGUAGAAACUUGACUCCUUACAUGAACAAAUUGAAACAUGAAGGCACAUAUGUAGAUUAUAUGAUGAACAUUUUUGUCACUAAAACAUUUCCUAAUCAUCAUACAAUGGCUACAGGAUUAUAUGCAGAAACACAUGGAGUUGUAGAUAGUGAAUUUUAUGAUCCUGAUUCAAAAAAUAUAACAAAGUAUUCAUCUAAUUUAUAUAGUUAUGAUAAUAGAGUACUUCCUAUUUGGACUAUUAAUGAAAAAGGAGGUGCUCAAAGAAGAAGUGGCACAAUGAUGUGGCCUGGUUGUAUUUUUGAAUACCAAGGAACUAAACCUACAUUUGCACAGAGUUUCAAUGAAACUAUUUCUUGGGAAGAGAGAAUAGAUACUUUAAUAUCAUGGUUUGUUCAUCCUAUACGUCCAAUAAAUUUUGGAAUACUAUACAUUGAAGAACCAGAUUAUCAUGGCCAUGUUAUUGGAAUAAAAGGAGCUGAAUUUGAUGAUAUUCUUAGAAAAUUAGAUAAUAUUACUAGGUAUCUACAUGAAAAGAUAGAGUAUCAUGGUUUACAUGAUCUUAAUGUUAUACAUUUGAGUGAUCAUGGAAUGACAACUGUUAAAAUAGACAGGAUAAUAGAUCUAACAAAAUAUAUUAACAGUUCUGAUUAUACAUUUGUGGGUACUUCACCAGGAUUACACAUUUUCCCAAAUCCUGGUAAGGAAGAAAUUAUUUAUCAGACAUUGAAACAAGCAGCAGAGAAGACAAUGACAUUCAAAGUUUAUAAACGGGAAGAAAUUCCCGCGAAAUAUCAUUAUAGAAAUAAUACGCGUGUUGGCCCUAUUUUUGUCAUUGCUGAAGUUGGAUAUGCAUUUCAAAAUCUUCUUGGUACUAUAGAAGAGUACAAAAAGAAAUACAAUAUUACAGUAAAUAGUGAUUCAGAAUUUGGCCUUCAUGGUUAUGAUAAUGAAGCAACAGAAAUGCAUCCUUUCUUUUUUGCAAAUGGUCCUGCAUUCUCGCGUAGGUGCAAACUGAAUACUUUCAAUAAUGUAGAUUUGUUCCCCUUAUUUUGUGAGAUACUUGAUCUACAUUGUCCCAAAGUAAAUGGUACUUUAUCACAUGUAACCCAGUGCCUUAAAAAGCAUAAACAGGAUAUCACAGUGAUUGCCUAUCGUAUGAUAUUCGUAGCUAGUACUAUUUCUAUGACAAUGGUUGGAAUUAUAGGAGCAAUAGUAAUGUUCUAUAUGAGGAAACGGCGAUUAGAAGCAAAGAAUUUGAAAUUAUUUUAUGAAAGGAUACUGGAAGAAUUGGAAGCACAGUACCAUUGGGAUGAAAAUCACGAUAUAGAAAGUGCUACUUGCAAGUAAAUUUUCAAAAAUCUGUUUUCAAAUUUUCGAUUUCUAUUUCACAUUAUUUAAAGAAAGAUUGCCUUAUCUCUGUACAAGAUAAAACAAAAAUUCUGAAUCUUAAGUCGACUGGCGAUGUUGAUAACUUAUUUCUCUUUUCAGAUUAAACAAUUUUCCAGAUUUAUUCAUAAUUUCAUGCCACGCGAAGAAUAAUCAUUUAUAUGCGAAUAAAGAAAAUGUUAAAUAUAGGAAAACUCUUUUACAAUAUA